CAUCUCUAAUUUAAAAUUACAUCGCUAAUUAUGUUGUUUACAGGAACAGCAGCAACUAAAAAGUGCAAUUAGCUUGUUGUAUAUUGCCAACAAAGAUGAUUUGCAGAUUAUGCCUGCGCAACAUAAAUCCCAGCAAUGCCGUUUUUCUCUUUGAAACAAAUGAGACGCUGGCGGAGACGACUCUGGUCAAGAUGAUUGCCAAAUUCCUGCAGCUGGAGAUCACGCCCGACGACAGCAUCUCGACGAAUGUUUGCACCGAGUGCUGCGAGCAUCUGGAGGACUUCAACACCUUCUGGCAGCUGGUGGAACAGAAGCAGGGAACUCUCAAAAAGGAGUUCCUUACCGUCGACGUGGACUGUGUGGCUAUGAAGUGGACGGGCGAGGUAGACGCGGACAUCAACAUUGACGAGUUGCCGCUGGUGGCAACAGAAAUGGAUGAGAAGCCCCUCGAUAUGCACAACCUCAGCCUCUUGGGCAGUGUUCUGGACGUUAACGUGGACAGUGUGGUGGUGCCACAGGCGCCGCCAGUGGAUAUAAAAAUUCAGCCAACUGACUACCUGUCCGAGGAAGACGACCAUCCAUUCCAUCUCGAGCCUUCUGACACCGAAUUCGAGUGCGAUGCAGUCCCCGAAGAAGGCACAUCUGACGACGAGCCGCUGGUCAAGCUGCAGAGCAAGCUAAAGCCCAAGCGCAAGUCCCACGCGCGCACUACAAAGACACGAGAAGAAAAAUGUUCGCUCGAAGCGCAGGAGCUGAAGUACAUGCUUGGGCGGGGCGCUGGCAGCAAAGGGCGUCGCAAGAAGGCACCUGGCCAGCGCAUACCCACGGAGGUGCAGGAAAGCGAGCUGCAGGCAGCGCUCGAGCGCAAGCCCAAGGGCUGCUCGCGGGCCCAGCUGGCCAAGCGAUACGAGGAAGUGAUUGCCAGCUACAUGAAUGCCGACUGUGACCUGUGCGACUUCAGUGCCAAGUAUCUGUCCGAGCUGAAGGUUCACUUCCUGGAGGUCCAUCAGCGUGAGUUCUACAUCAAGUGCUGCAACAAGGUCUUCACACGCGCUUCCAAACUGAUGGACCACAUACGCAAGCACCUCAAUCCCAAGCUAUUCACCUGCUCUAUCUGCCAGAAGACGCUCAAUUCGCAGGACUAUCUGGCCACCCACAUCGAGACGGUGCACAACAAAGUGGAUAAGAUUGACAAAUUGCUGCAGUUCCCCUGCUCCAAGUGCGAGCGCACCUUCAGCAGCGAGCGACGCCUGGCUAAUCAUCUCGCUAAGCACGACACGGAGACACUCGAGCACACCUGCCCCAUGUGCCAUAAAAACUUUGCCAAUGUCCAUCGGCUGCGCAGGCACAUUCAGUCCAUACACGAGGAUCUGCACCGGCAUGUGUGCGACAUCUGCGGCAAGAAGUUCAAGUUUAAGCCAUCGUUCGAGCGUCAUUUGCGCGAGCAUCAGGGCGUGGUGGCACCGACCAUGCAGUGCCCCGUCUGCGGUGUCUGGCUGAAGAACGAGCACAGUCUGCGGCUGCAUCGCUUCACCCACGACAGCACCAACACGGCCUGUCCGCACUGCUCGAAGACGUGCAACUCGAGAACGGCUCUUCGCGCACACAUCAAAUAUGCCCACAAGCUGACGACCAGCUUCCAGUGUACAUACUGCGAGAAGACCUUUAAGCAGCAGCGCAACCUGGACGAGCAUCUGGCCAUCCACACGGGCCUCCAGCUGUACAACUGUCCGCACUGCCCCAAGGAGUGCCGCUCUCGGUCCAACAUGUACGUGCACAUUAAGCAGCGGCAUGCGGAGGAGUGGCUCACCGCCAAGAUGGCCCGCUCCCACAAUCCGCAGUUCAAGCCGCACGCCUAAAGCCUAGUUCUAGCCUAGUUAGUCCACUAAACAAUGCACUAAAUAAACGACACAAACUAAUACUAGUA